AUGGAGUUCCGCACCUUUGUUAUGAUCUUGCUUUGCGCGUCUUGUUUCGCCGAUGACUCCAAGGACAAGGAGGCCAACAGCGUCACCGACAAAAACACGAUAGCCGACGAGCCGCCCGAGGGAUACUACGCCUUUGUGGAGUCGCCGAACGCCGAACCGCCGAAAGUCAGGCCGCCACCCUACAUCGACAGCGACAAGGAGUGCCGAGACAAUGGCAAACAGGGCAAGGGCUUCGUCUCGAUAGACAACAUAUGCGGUGAUCUCAACAAGGGAUACAUCCCGAGGAACCCCAUGAAGCACUCUUUCGCCGGAUCCUCCUACCCGUUCGAGCUCAUAAGGAACCACACCCUCAAGUUCCUGAGCAAAGCACUACCGAUCCUCAAAGCCGACGACUCCCUGCCCAAGGUCGCCAAAGUUCAGCCCUUCUCGCAAAACUCCGUCGAUACCGAUCAGAAGCGCAGCUUAAGGAAAAAACGCUCGGCAAACGAGCAGCUGAGCGAGACGAGCCGCAGCGGCAGGAAGUUCUGCGAAAACGGAAGCGGAGUGGUGUGCAUGCUGUACAAGGCGAUUCAGGGCGAGCCGUUGGGCCAACCGGCGGCCGAGCGUAGGGACGAGCCACCGGCCACGAGUGCCAACGUGGAGUAUCGCCAGCGGACGCCGAGCCAAGAGAAAACGACCGAGUACACGGGACCCCCGACCCCGUGUCCUGCCAAGGUCGAGUACGCCACGCCGGUAUUUGCCAAGAACUACCAGGGCGUGUGGCGCUACGUCGUCCAAAUACCCUACGAGGGGUACUUCACCCAGACGAUCGAGGUCACGCGAUGCAUCCAAUCGAGAUGCCACUACCUGGACGGCGGUUGCCUGUCGUCGCCCCGCUGGACGAGCCUACUCGUGGCCGAGAUCUUCUACCCGGAUACCUUCCUCGAGGAGAGCCCGAGCGGCGGCCGACUACCCGGACCGCCCCGUGACCCGGUGGCUGGCUCCCCCCCGCCGGUCCAGGACUUCCAAAAUUACCAACAGUAUCUGCAGAAGCGAGCCGGCGAAAGCGAGGCCCGCAGCAGUAGCGGUGGUGCCAGCGGAGCCAGUGCCGGUGGACCGGUCAACGGAAGCAACGGCUCCCAGGCUGGACCCCAUCACUGCGACGGUGUCGACGACAUGGGCUGCUUCCAGGUCCGAUUGUAUUAUGACUGGUUCCUCGUGCCCGGCAGCUGCAAGUGCUGGCGUCCCGAUUACUUCAACCGUUACUUUCGCCGAAGCAACCCAAGCCCGGAACUGUAA